AUGGCUGAAUAUUUUGUCUUUGAUAUUGCUGAAUCACUGGUAAGGAAGCUUGCUUCUUUUGUUUGUGAAGAAGCUUCUCGUGUCUAUGAAGUGUACGAUGAUGUCAAAGGGAUCAAAGAUACUCUGUCAAUUGUGAAAGGUGUGCUUUUGGAUGCAGAGCAAAAGAAGGAGCAGAGGCAUGGGUUGCGUGAAUGGAUCAGACAGAUUCAGACUGUAUGCUUGGAUGCUCAAGAUGUGUUGGAUGGACUUGACUGCCAAAACGUCAGAAAGCAAUUUCUCAAAGCUUCGGGCAGCACAAGGAUGAAGGUAGGACACUUCUUUUCUCCAUCAAAUUCUCUUGUUUUCCGUUUUCAGAUGGCUCGGCAAAUAAAAAACAUUAGGCGUAGAUUGGAUAAGAUAGCAGCAGAUGGGAACAAGUUUGGUCUUGAGAGGAUUGAGGUUGACAGCAGACUUGUGCAAAGGAGAGAAAUGACUUAUUCCCAUGUUGAUGCUUCGGGGGUGAUUGGAAGGGAGAGUGAUAGGGAAGAAGUUAUCAAGCUUUUGAUGCAACCUCACCCUCAUGGUGAUGGUUAUGGAGAUCAAAGUGUUUGUGUUAUUCCCAUAGUGGGUAUUGGAGGGAUGGGGAAGACCACACUUGCAAAGUUGAUGUUCAAUGAUAACAGAAUGGAUUAUCUUUUCCAAUUGAAGAUGUGGGUGUGUAUCUCUGAUGACUUUGACAUAAGGCAGAUACUGAUUAAUAUCAUCAACUCUGCUUCUGUUUCAGCUUCGGCCACAACUACUGCUAUUGCUCACCAAGAAAACAUUAAAAACUUUGAUAUUGAGCAGCUACAAACUGUUCUUAAACUGAAGCUUUCUGGUCAGAAGUAUUUGCUAGUCUUGGACGAUAUUUGGAAUGAUAAUCGUGCAAAAUGGACAGAGUUGAAAGAUUUAAUUAAAGUGGGUGCAGUUGGAAGCAAAAUCUUGGUGACAACACGAAGUAACUCAAUUUCUUCAAUGAUGGGCACUGUUCCCUCGUAUGUCUUGGAAGGUCUUUCCAUGGAGAAUUGUUAUGCUCUGUUUAACAAAUGGGCAUUUAAGGAAGGCGAAGAAAAAGAAUAUUCAAAUCUAGUAAAGAUUGGAAAAGAAAUUGUGAAAAAAUGUAGAGGGGUUCCAAUGGCAGUGCGAACAUUAGGAAGUUCUCUGUUCCUAGUUUUUGAUUUAGAGAGGUGGGAAUUUGUAAGAGACCAUGAAAUAUGGAACAUAAAACAAAACAAAGAUGACAUUUUACCCGCUCUUAAGUUGAGCUAUGAACAAAUGCCUUCUUGUUUAAGGCACGUUUUUGCGUUCUUUUCUCUUUAUCCUAAAGAUUAUGGCUUUUGUAGUGCUGAGAUUCUUAUUCUUUGGGAGUCUCUUGGAUUACUUCAAUCUUUAGGUGGAAAUCGAAAGCUUGAGAAUGUUGCAAGGCAAUAUAUUGAUGAGUUACAUGCAAGAUCGUUUCUUGAGGAUUUUGAGGACUUCGGGUACUAUUACUAUUUCAAAGUACAUGAUUUGGUACACGAUCUUGCUCUGUUUGUUGCGAAAGAGGAGCUUCUAAUGGUAAACUCCUUUACUCGUUAUAUUCCUGAGCAAAUAAGGCAUUUAUCAGUUGUUGAAAAUGAUUCACUUAACCACGUUUUGUUCCCCAAAUCCAACAGAGUGAGAACUAUUUUAUUUCCCUUAAAAGGAACUGGCAUAGAAAGUAAAACUCUUCUGCAUACUUGGACAACAAGAUACAAACACUUACGGUUUUUAGAUUUAAGUGAUUCCUCUUUUGACACAUUGCCUAAUUCAAUUGCUGAAUUGAAGCAUCUACGAACUCUCUUUUCAGAUAAAUGCAAAAUAAAAAGACUUCCUCAUUCUCUAUGCAAACUCCAUAAUUUGCAAAUUUUGUCUCUCAGAGGAUGCAUGGAGCUUGAAACAUUGCCUGAAAGAUUAGGAAUGUUAAUCAGCCUUCGGAAAUUGUAUAUAACCACAAAACAAUCUAUUCUGCCUGAGAAUGAAUUUGCAAGCUUGAGAAAUCUUCAUACUUUGAGUUUUGAAUACUGUGGCAAUUUGAAGCUUUUGUUGAGAAGGGAACAACUCGCUUUCCUUGAAGUUUUGAUCAAAGAUCAGAAAGCGAGUAGCAAGAACGGAUGGCGGAAUUGGCGGAAUUUCAGGGGUCCAUUACCUGUGUUUGAUGGCAAAAUGUCAGAUUGGAGGAUCAAGAUGUGGCUGUGUUUGCUUCAGGAUGUGUUGGAAAGCUUGAAAGAUGGAGUGCCUGUGUUGAUUGAAGGACCCCAGACACAGAAGAAAGGAACACAAGAUACUGGAGAAAAUGUGACAGCAAGGCCAGGGUUUCUUGAU